UUAUAACAUAUUAGAAAAAAAAAUGUUUAUCCAAUUGGAUAGUGAAUACAGCUAUUAUGAGUUCCUUUUCACUCGUUCUAUUUGACGAUUCGUUGAAUAUUUUGUACAUACGGCAAAUUGCAGCUCUACAACCGGAGUGGCAAACAAAUUUGAGAUUUGAAGAAAUUGUACGAAAACGAGCGAUCGAGCGAAUGCGUGUGAAUAUGGAGCGUUGUGAAAAUUCUUUAAAUUAAUAAAUAAAUUGUACGAAAAACGCGAACAAUUUUAUAUAUAUUAAUAAUAACGCUCAUAUUGUGUGUAAUAAUUAAAAAAUUGUAAGAAAAAAGCUUUGGUCUAUGCGGCGGUGUAAUUUUAGAAUUUCUAAUAGCGCAUUCAGCUGCAAGGUAUAGCGACACGGUUGAAGAAAAACUCGCUGUUGGUUGCCUAGCGUAUAUACGUGAAGGAGACUCGUCGUCCGUGGUCAUUUUCAAGGAGAAAGAGUAUAUCCAGCAAUGUGAAAUUCCAACAAAUAUGUUUUUAUAGUUUUAUAUCUUAAGAAUCGUUGCCAUUUUAUACGGUUCAAGUGCAUAGUUAGACAAUGGCAGGCAAAGACAUAAGUUAAAUAGUUGGAAAAUUCAAUAAGCGAAGCGAAAAAAAAUGAAAAUUGGAAGUGCAUCAUUUGCCAUGUUUCGCAAGGGCAAUGUGCGGCAAUGGCAAAUUGCUUAAAGUGUUAUGUGUAGUUAAAGCGAAAGUAGUGGAAAGUGUAGAAUUUAAAAAGCUGAAUUGAAAUACAAAAUAAAAGCUUUAAAUAUAUAAUACACAAAAAGUCAGGCAAAAAAUAAAAAAUACAAAAAAGGCGACAACCAGCGAUUGACGUAUGAGAAUUGUUAAAUAGCCGUGCGGUGCGCGUCGGACAACAAAGUGGUAUGCAUAAUAUUGCAAACGGCGGGGUGAAGUGCAAUCCGGUUUAGUCGAAAAAAGUUUGUGUAAAUAAAAAAUAUACAAAAUUUUCUAAUACGGUUAGUAAAUGUGUACAAACAUAAACCUUUUUAUAAAAAAAUUAAACAAAUUUCAAAUAUUAAUUGAUCUAGAAAUAAAUAUAUUGGAAAGUGUAUAUGCAGAUCUUCCUAAAUGAAAUUUUCUCUCCUAUAUAUUAACUCAUCUACAAAUUUUUCUGUCAUAAUUUAAACAUCAUCUGUUGAAAUCAUAUUAGAAAGCGAACUUUUAUCUUUGUUGCUGUAACUAAAGUGUUUUUACAACCGUAUAUUCAUAUAUUUAUUUUGCGCUUCCAAUUUUUCUAAUGCAACAAUUGCCGCUUUACUUAAAAUCAACAGCUGUUACCUCAUAACUCCUCUAUAAUUUCAACGUUUGUUUGUGUAAAAAAUCCGUUGUCAUCAAGUGGAAAAAAAAAUAAUUCUAUUAGUUUAGUAACAGAAUGCCCAAAUGCGACAUGAAGACUCGCUACAUUCCUGCUACAUUUGCCUGGAUUCUACUGUUAUCCACGACGUUCCUCUUCUUUUUCUAUCCCUGCCAAUACUAUUUGAAAAGCCAUCCAUGGGUACCGGCAUAUCAGGGUGUCAUCACAUUUUUCGUUUUGGCCAAUUUCUCAUUAGCGACAUUCAUGGACCCCGGUGUCAUACCAAAAGCAUCGCCAGAUGAGGACCGGGAGGAGGAAUUUCGUGCACCGCUUUAUAAAAAUGCCGAAAUCAAUGGCAUCACCGUCAAGAUGAAAUGGUGUGUGACUUGUAAAUUCUAUCGCCCGCCACGCUGUUCACACUGUUCCGUAUGCAAUCAUUGCAUAGAGACAUUCGAUCAUCAUUGCCCUUGGGUGAACAAUUGCAUUGGACGUCGCAAUUAUCGUUUCUUCUUCUUCUUUUUGGUUUCACUGUCCAUACACAUGCUGAGCAUAUUUUCAUUAUGCUUAUUUUAUAUAUUGAAGAUAACGCCAAACAUCAGGGAAACAUCGCCCAUAGUAGCUAUGGUGUUGAUGGCUAUAGUUAUAAUCCUAGCGAUUCCGAUUUUCGGGCUUACCGGUUUUCAUAUGGUGCUCGUAUCACGUGGGCGCACAACAAACGAACAGGUCACCGGCAAAUUCAAAGGUGGAUACAAUCCAUUCUCACGUGGCUGCUGGCAUAAUUGCUGUUACACCCAGUGUGGACCACAAUAUCCAAGUCUUCUUAAGCCAGAAAAGUAUGCCGCUCGUCGCUCACACAAGGAUGGUCAGGGUAUUAGUGUUAUCACCACCGAACGGCGCACGAAUCAACAGGGCAGCAGUAUGCGGGGCAACAACACACCUGGCAAUGUGCCGCGUUCACCACGCGAAACGCUGAAAAACUAUUACGAUAGGGACAAUCGACACACUCAGGUAAAGACUUAUACGGACCAGGGCAAUGGUUAUAAUCAACGGUCGGGCAGCACAACGCUUUAUAGUAAGCUGUCGCCUGGACGUGAAUGUUCAGACACCGAUAUGGAGCCGCAAGCAUCGCAGAGUCAAGAUUGUGAGCCCACACCGCCACUGCAACGACACAAUUCGACAAAUUUCUACCUGCCCCAAGUGGAGGCAGGCGUGAGCAAUUUAAAUAACGGCGGCAUAGCGACCGGUGCGGGCAUGUUGCCUAACGCUAGUGGAGGUGGCGGCGGCGGCGGUGCUGGUGGUGGUGGCGAUUCACCACGCCACAUGCGCAUGUAUCAUCCGCGACACAGUCCACUAGCGCGCCAGCGCGGUUUGGAGCCACAACGUGGCUAUAAUCCCGCCGAUCCAUUAUCGCCCGAUCAUCCUGCUCAUCCGAGCAAUCAGGGCGCACAGCAACAACAACGCAGUGGGACAACUGCAACGCCCACAAUGCAGCAACGAAUUAAACCGUUGGGUGUGGCGACACCACUGGUGAUGGCAAGUCCCGUUAGAAGAUCCAAUCCUGGCACGCCUACUCAACCAAGACGACCCGAUUUUAUUGGUCUAAAUACACAGCAACAGCAGCCGUCGCAGACCUAUUACGAGUAUACGACCGGCUUACCGCCGCAGCAUCCACAACCGCCUACCAUACAACAGCAGCAGCAAAUGCUGUUGCAACAACAACAACGUGCCAUGAUGCAACAGCAUCAACAACAACAACAACAGCAGCAGCAACAGCAACAAGUUCCGCUAACACAUCACCAGCAACAGGUGUUGGCUUCGCAGACCUACGGCGGCAGCCCACAACGCCGUUUCCUCUCCGAAGGUGAGCUGGUACGCCAGGGCGCGAGCGAGCUUUCGUAUGCGCGCUCUAACAACACCGUGGACAAUAUACGCGAAUUGGCCGGAAGUCCACAGCGCGGCGUGUACAUGUGGAAGGACACAUCGCCCGGUUUCAGUAGCAGUAGCGGCAGCGCUAGCGGCGGUGGCGGCAUGCCACCCUCUUCCAUGGGCAUCAGCAGCAGUGCUGGCGGCACAAUGGGCAAUAGCAUACAUCACGCACAGUACAUCACAGUCGGUGGCAGUGGGCAGUCGCAUCCAUUGAUCAUGACGCAUUCGCGCAUGCAUCAGCCAGGCGAAUAUGUACCAGCUUCGCAACAACAGCAAUAUCGCUCUAACCCAACCAGCCCCACAACCAUGCCAGCCACAUCGUCCUCGACCAACGCGCCAACCUAUAUGAUGCGUUACGGUGUCGGUAAUGCCGUCGCCUCACAGCCAAAUAACUACGUGCACACAUCACAGGCGCUAACGAACUCGACUGUCGGCGGUUAUCAGCCGCAAUUGCGCGGCGGCGUGGCCGUCUUUCCACCCAAUCCCAGUGGGCCGGGCGUUGGCGUUGGUGUAAGCGGUGGUGCCGGCAUCGUCACACAACUGCAAACACAGCCAUCGCCGCAAGUGAAGCGAAAACAAACACCCACGCGUCCCAUGUCAUUUGUGCGCGCACUCGAAAUGACCGAUUCGAUGGAGAUGCAAACGCUCGAACAGCAGCAGCAGCAACAGCAACAGGGUCGCGGUGUCGGCAAUAUGCCGGCAUCAGCCGUUGGCGGACCGGGUGCACAGCAUUUGGUGGGCGGCGCACGCACCACCACACCCACACCGGAGCGCGCGAGCGUCUACGAUAUGAAUUACGAGAUUUCCGUAUAACCCGUGGUUGUGCCGGUUGUCGUGCCACCCGCCUCGGUGACCAUCUCGGCAACGGCUGCAGCGUAUGCGCGCAAAAAGGGCGCAAGCGUUGUGGCUAGCGCCGCCGAGCCAUCGGCGUACGCAUCAGUGCCAGUUAUGGCGGCGAAUACGCCUAACAGACGCAAGUUCUCCACAUUCUUCUAAAAUGGACUCGGGAUGGACGCCGCGCUGUGUAGGCUAUAUUGCCAGCCAGCAAGCUAAUAUUUAGUUAUAAUAUAGCACAUUAUAGUUAUUUUCUUUACGUUUUUCGUUUUACCAAACCCCGAACCGAUUUUAAUACCGAGUCAUUUAUACCAAUGUAUUAUAUUAUAUUAUAUUUCUCUACACAUACACACACAUACACACAUACAUACAAACGUAUAUACACUGCUACCAAACGCAACUAUACGCUAACACAGUUCCGUAUCGCCAAAUGUAAAUAUGUAUACAACCUAAGAUACACCUCCUAUGAUUACUACAUACAUAUACAUUGGGGUGUACGUUAUUUCCCACGUUAAUUUUUAUUUUCUUGCAAGCACCUCCUAAAGUUUUAAUUUUUGCUCUAAAAAACGAUCUAAUGUUAACAAGCUGUUUAUUUGCAAUUUAAAGCGUGUCUAAAUCAUAUUUCUUUUCUCAUCUACAUAUCUAGCAACCGAUUUUUUGAUAUUUUACAUUAUGCAAAUAAAUAUACCCCUUUAAAAAUUACUGUUCUAAUACAAAAUUUCCGCUCUACAAAAAAAUUGGUUAUUGGUUUUUUUCAUAGAAACGUUCUUUUAAAAGUUAAACGCAAUUAAAUUAUACAUCAAAUGACAUGAGCAUGCAUACAAGUGAUUUACAUAUUCUAUGUUGCUCAUACGACAUGGUGUACUAUAUGAAUACAGUACAUUUGUUGCAUAACUUUAACUGCGUAUAACUUUUAAAGGAAUGUUUUAAUGGAAAAACUAUUAAGACCUUUUUUGUAGAGCGGAAAAUUUUAUAAUAAAAUAUCAUUCGUUUAAAGUUGUUGGCUUAUUUUCUUUGAAGUUAAAAACUUAAUUGCAAAAGUACCUAAAAUUCCACAUAAAUUAUUUAGGAAAAGUAAUCAACUUGUGAAAUAAUGAACACCCUAAUACAUACAUAUAUAUAUACUUUAUCAUAAUAGUUGUAAAAAUCUAUAAAUAUGUGUGUAUGUACACGCGUUAAUGUUUACUUACACACGUCACAUUUAUAAGUUUCGCCAUUGAAAAGGGAUUUGUGAAUUAAAUUCUCUCUCAAUGUUUAAUUGUAAAAGUUUUAAAUGUGUAUGAAUUGUUAAACCGCUUUUAAAAAUAUUUAUUGAAGACCACAUACAUACAAUAUACAUGUGUAAUCAUGCAAAUUACAUUAAAUAUAAUUUAAUUAAUUGUUGUAAUCACUAAGUGCAGUAACAACAGCUGCAACAAUUGUAAUAUUGUUGCUGCAACAACAAAAGUAAUGCCAAACAGUUGUGCGCAGGAGAUUAUACUUAUUUGAUGUGGCGGCAGUUGAAAAGUGGUGGUGUGGCCAAGCAAAAAAGUUUUAACCUAAUAGCAAAUGUAAAAUAAGUGCAAUACUUUAUGGAAAUUCCAAAAUUCUCAAAAAAAUUUAUGAAGAGUAAAUUAAAAAUUCUCAAAAAAUUUAUGAAGAGUAAUUUAAAAAUUGUGUGCAUGUUUUCAAGAGCUUAAUUCCUAUUACUUCAUAUUGAAUCUAGCCUAAUUACAGCUUUAUAAAGUUAUAUACGACGAUCCCCUUAAUUACCAAACGAAACUUAGCCCGGUAUCUCUUAAGAGAUAUUUUGUUUAAUAGGUAGUUAAAAAACAAAAAUUACAUAAUUUCAUGUACUUUAAUAAUCGGCGAUUCAUUUUUAAUAAUUUUGUAUUCCCUUGUUCCUGUCGCCGAUAUCCGAAAAGUGUGACGGUGAGCAAAAUUUUUCUGCUUAAAAUUAGCUAAAGUCCAAAUACCAAAAAAAAAAAUGUUUGGUAUACAGAUGAUGAUCAAAGAACUAGUCAAAAUUUUGCCUAUUAACAAAAUGGCGGCCCCCUAAAAAAAUAGGUAUUUUUGUGCAAGAAUUUACGCUUCAGAGUGGCUUAAAAAAUCGAAAUUAUUCACAAAAUCUUAUUUCUUUUGUCAUUACCUGACAAAAAAUAUCAAAACAUACCUGUAGUAGUUUGGAAUAAUGCUGCCGAGUUGACAAUACUUGGCUGCAUAAAAUCUGGUCCGUGUCGGUUACGGUUACGUAGACCCGAUUGUCGUGCGAACCAUUCUAUAACGGUUCACAUGGAUGCUAGAGUUCAUGUCUACGUAUUAUAAAAAAAAAUGUAUUUCAAAAUUUUUAAGUGCAUACUCAAAGCGUCAAAUCAAUAUAUAAAAAAUUAUUUAAAAAUAUAAAAUUUUUAAAUUCUGAAACAUGCUUCGCUCCUUUAAUGCCUAAAAUAUGUCAUAAAAACAUUAAACAAAUUCUGAAAUUGAAGCAGUAUAAUCGUAAAGCGAACACUGUUUGGUAAAAACUUGUGAUUUGUUGCAAAGUGUAAUUUAUCAAAUAUUUUUGUUUAUUAUUAUAAAUUGUAAAUUACCGCAUGCUCAGCAUACAUAUAUUGACGACAACAACAAUAGCUGUAAAGUAAAGAAAAACUCCCUUAGUCCAUCCCAGUGAGGGUAAACGCCAUUUUACCAUGGUAUGAUUGCCUUCCACAUUGUUAUCUGCCGGCCAUUUAGUAUACAGUCCACAACAGCGGCAGUAGUACGGUUGAGAAGUGCUAAUAAGUAUAUAUGAUAUUUGAAAGCAGGAAAGUGCGCAUAAAAAGUAAGAAAAGAAAUAAAAAAACAUUAAAUUUGCUAAUAUUUAAAAACCAAAUGCGGCGGCUCCACGAGAGUUUUGUGAAAAAUUAAAGUUUGCAUUCACCUUAGUUACAUCAUAUUGAUGUUUAAAUUAAUGAAGCGAAUAGGGAUUGCAUACUUUCUUUGUACAUAUAUAUGUACGUAUAAUUAGUAGAAAACACUUUCCAGUUUUCUUUUCGACCUAAAUUUGAAUUUUUUUUUGUUUAUCCCUCUGUUCAUAAGCGUUGUAGUUGCGGCUGGAUUGUGUGGCUAUAAAACUCGCUUUUAACAUAUUUUAUGCGCAAUCACUUUUUAACAAAAAAAAUUGUUUCACAAAUUUAUAUAUAAUUAUUUUUAAUUAAUGAAAUUUUUUGGCUAACAAACAGCUGUUGCAUUGUACGGCGUAAAAUACUGUUUGAAAAUUUAUUGCGAGUUGCCAGCAAAAAAAAAAAAUAAUUGCGAAUUGACAGCUGAAUUCUAUAAAGCACGCUUGUUAAACUUAAAAUAGUGUUAGUAGUUUUUUGCUCAAAGCAUUGGAAAUUUUUAAAAAAUAUUUUUGCUGUGUUUUUUUUGGUUCAACCGCAGCUUGUUUUGAGUAAUCUCGAGUUCUGCUCACUUAUUUACGAGUCCAAUACAUAUACAAAAUUCUUUUUAUUCAUACAUUUGUGUGUAAACUACUUUUCAAACAAGCGAAACUAACACAAUUUAUUAUGAAAUAUUAAAAAAAAAUUAAAAUUACAAAAAUUUUGAGUAAAUCGAAAGGAACUCGUGCGAAUGUGGUAAGAACUGAUAUAUAUAUAUGAAUUGUGUAUAUGUGUUAUGCUGUUGGAAAUAAAUUAAAUU